ACGUAAACAUCGGGCCUACAGCUGCGAGCAGAGGCCACCACGCUCUCUCGCUCUCAAACAAGCAGCCCUCGCUGCCUGCCUCGCCUCUUGUUUAUUUAAAUUUACCACUCUGGCUGCAGGCUUACAACACUAAAAGCUCCUGUAGAUUCCUGUCCCUGUCUCCUCCUCUCCCUCUAUGCCUUAACUGUCUGUCAGCCACACACACACACACACACACACACACACGCUUUCAGAGGAGGAGCAACAUCCAGUUACUUUCUGCUUGCCUCCAGUUUGUCCACAGAGGUGACAGUAACAUGGAGCACAUGAAGAGUGCUCAUCCACGUCACUGCAUAUUUGUAAGGUGAGAUUCAGCAACAAACUUUGAAGCAUCCGUCACCAAAUCCGAGUGGACGCAAUGGAGUCUGUGAAUACCAGCAGCGGGGGUGAAGCUGGGCUCUUCUCGGCCAGUCCUUACACCACUGUGGAGAUUGUGCUCAUCAUUCUGGUGGCGGGAUCCCUCAGUCUGAUCACCGUUAUUGGAAAUAUCCUGGUCAUGCUCUCUAUAAAGGUAAACAGGAACCUGCAGACCGUCAACAACUACUUCCUGUUCAGUCUGGCAUGUGCGGACCUCAUUAUUGGCGUUGGCUCCAUGAACCUGUACACUGUCUACAUCGUGAUUGGCUACUGGCCCUUGGGAGCGGUUGUGUGUGACCUGUGGCUGGCUGUGGACUAUGUGGUCAGCAACGCCUCAGUCAUGAAUCUCCUGAUCAUCAGCUUCGACCGUUACUUCUGCGUCACCAAGCCUCUGAGUUACCCGGCGCGCCGUAGCACUAAGAUGGCCGGUCUGAUGAUCGCCGCCGCCUGGGUGCUGUCCUUCGUCCUGUGGGCGCCGGCUAUUUUGUUCUGGCAGUUUAUUGUGGGCGGGCGAACCGUGCCGCCUGGCGAGUGCUACAUCCAGUUCUUCUCCAACCCAGCGGUUACAUUUGGCACGGCCAUCGCAGCCUUCUACCUACCCGUGGCCAUCAUGAUCUACCUUUAUUGGCGCAUCUCCAGGGCCAGCCGUAGCCGAAUGCUUAGGGACAGCAGGAAGACAUCCGGCACCAGUGUCGGAGAAGCUCACUCUCACAGUCAGGAGGACGCAGGUGAAAACCAGAUCCUGAACAGCUGCAUUCAGAAGAUGAGGGAGCAGCUCAGGGAGGCUGUGCAGAGCACGGAGAAGGAAGCACCGCAGCAGCAGAACGGAUCCGCUCCUUACAAGAAAGACAAACCCGAGCAAGUGGAACCGGAGGCGGACAGUGUCCAACCCUCCACGUCUACGGAGAAUGAGGUCCCCGUUUCGGUGCUGAAGGGACUGAAUGCCAUAAGAAGGAUGAACCAAAGAGAACCAGCUUCCAGAGCAACAUCCUUGACGGACUGUCAAGCCACAAGAACAAUGCUUAAGGUGACAAAGCAGAGCGCAGUGGCCAAGUGGCGCAAGAAAAGCACAUCUUCGAGGGAGAAGAAGGUGACGCGCACCAUCAUGGCCAUCCUGGUGGCUUUCGUUGUAACGUGGACGCCGUAUAAUGUGAUGGUGCUGAUCAACACCUUCUGUUCCGUUUGCAUCCCCAACACCCUGUGGACCAUUGGUUACUGGCUGUGUUACAUCAACAGCACCAUCAACCCGGCGUGCUAUGCCUUGUGUAACACCACCUUCAAAAACACCUUCAAGCAUCUGUUACUGUGCCAGUACAAGAACAUACGAGCGAUGCGGUGAGACUGCUCGACGCAGACUCAGUUGACCAAAUGUCAACUAAAUGUCGAAAUGUUAGCAUGUCUUUCAAUGUACAAUGGAACUUGAUUUACAAGUGCCCCAACUUUCAAUUUUUUUCCAGGUCAGAGCCUAAUACAAUUUUUUUAGCAUGACCAAAUUUUGAGCCUAUCCACCCAAAGUCUUUAUGUUUGCCACAGGGGGUCAUUACCAGGGCCCCCUGUCAUUGAAUGGAGACGUUAAGACAAAAUAUGCUAUUUGUAGUCAGUCCAACUGAAGGUGAUCACUCAAUGAGUGACACUCAUAUGGAUUAAACACAAGUACAAUGGUAUCGUGACUUAGAAGUGCCCCAACUUACGAGCUGUUGCUUGGUCUUAUUUUUUUUUUUGCUUUUGUGUUGAGAGUUUAGAGACUAAAUAGAGGUAUAUCCUGCUGCUCUAAUUAAGUAAUAAUAAUAAAGAAGCAAUUACUCUGUAGGAACAAUUACUAUUGCCGGAUCUUAUUUGGGGACCUUCACUGCCUCUCCUUCUUCCUCUUCAUUGUAUCAUUUACAGUAGAUCUCAGUGCUCCCUAGCAUGUUUUGGCACAACACAGUACUAUAAUGAAGGUGUGCAACUCUAAAUUCAACCCUGACUGUAUAUUACAAAUAUCUGUAGAGAUAGAUAGAUAGAUAGAUAGAUAGAUAGAUAGAUAGAUAGAUAGAUAGAUAGAUAGAUAGAUAGAUAGAUAGAUAGAUAGAUAGAUAGAUAGAUAGAUAGAUAGAUAGAUAGAUAGAUAGAUAGAUAGAUAGAUAGAUAGAUAGAUAGAUAGAUAGAUAGAUAGAUAGAUAGAUAGAAUUUGGGUACAAAAUGUGAUGUAGAAAUAGAUGAGGUGAGUUUCAUCCUUGUUGUCAUGAUGCGUUUACCCUGUUUUAAAACAAACGACACCGUGUAAAGUGGUACUCAUCAUGUGUCAAGUGUAUGACAAUGACCAUAAACUAUUAGGACACAUUGUGUUAGUAUAAUGUUGAAUCGUGUGUCUGUGCAACUGUGUUCAUGCUCGCUCUAUGUUGAGCGCAGGUAGUGAAACUCGUCUAAAUAUGAUAUUUAUUAAUACCUCUAUUGCGCUCUCUCCCUGCCUGACUUGAUGUUGACCUAAAACAUGAACAAUAAAUCAAGGCAUGAAAAUAAAUGUUGUGGCAUAUUUAAAUAAACUGAAUAAAUGGCUGGA